AAUCUUUCUCUUUGUGAACUCAUUCAUUCCUCUGUUUCUCAUCUCCACCUUCUCUGAAAACAAGCUUUCAAUUUGCCAACUUCUUCUUCAACGAAGUGAAAGCUCUCCAAAAGAGAGAUCACAGAGCUCAAGCAAACCAACCAUGGUGGAACAAGCCUCAACAAUGGCUGAAGCCAACUCCAGCGCCGAAUCAGCCGCUGAGCUCCUCUCUCAAGCGCAAAAACUAAUCCCCAUCGCACUCGAACGAGCCAAGCUCGCCGGCGGCUUCCCAAGCCGCUGGAAACUCAUCAUCUCCAAGCUCGAGCUCAUCCCUUCCCGCUUAUCCGAUCUCUCCGGCCACCCUCUCUUCUCAAAGAACCAACUUUCUCGCGAACAACUCCACUCCGUCACCACCACCCUCUCCGACGCCAUAUCCAUCGCCGACCUCUGCCACCCUUCGCCGUCUCCUGCCCCACCCACCGUCGGCAAACUCCAAAUGCAAAGCGACCUCGAUUCUCUCAUCUGCAAGCUCGAUCUCAACCUCCGUGACUGCGCGCUUCUUGUCAAAACCGGCGUUUUAAGCGACGCCACCCCACCGCCGUCUCCGGCCAAACGCUCAACCGAGUCUGAACCUUCUCGCCGGAAUGUCCGUGAGCUUCUAGCUCGCCUCCAGAUCGGUCACUCUGAAGCUAAGCACCGCGCCGUCGAUGGCCUCCUCGCUGCCAUCCAGGACGAUGAGAAGACUGUCUUGCCGGCGCUUAGCCGGAGCAGCGUCUCCGCUCUCGUCCAGCUCCUCUCCUCCACCUCCCCUAAGAUCAAAGAGAAAGCCGCCACCAUCCUCUGUUUGAUCGUCGAGUCAGGGACCUAUGACGCUUUGCUCGUCGGAGAAGGCAUCCUUCCUCCUUUCAUCCGCCUCGCCGAGUCCGGCACUCCGGCGAGCCGAGAGAAAGCUGUGAUCUCUCUCCAACGCCUCUCCGUCACCCCCGACACCGCCCGCUCCAUCAUGGGCCACGGCGGUGUCCGUCCUCUCCUCGACAUUUGCCUCACCGGCGACUCCAUCACCCAAUCCGCCGCCGCCGGAGCCUUGAAAAACCUCUCCGCCGUGCCGGAAAUCCGACAAACUCUCGCCGAUGAGGGAAUCAUUAGAGUAAUGAUCAACCUCCUCGACUCCGGCAUCGUCCUAGGCUCCAAAGAAUACGCCGCCGAAUGCCUGAUGAAUCUCACCGCAACCAACGACAACCUCCGACGUUCCGUCGUCGCCGGUGGAGCUCUCCCGAGCUUACUAGCUUAUCUCGACGGCCCACUUCCGCAAGAAUCCGGCGUAUCAGCAUUGCGAAACAUCAUCACCUCCGUCCCACCGGAAACUCUCAUAUCUCUCUCCGUCCUUCCCCGUCUCCUCCACGCCAUGAAAGACGGCUCGCCGGGAGCGCAACAAGCAGCGGCAGCAGCCAUUAACAAAGUAUCAUUAAUCUCACCGGAGAUGAAGAAGCUGGUUUGCGACAACGGUUGCAUAGCAUAUCUAGUGAGGAUGCUGGAGGCGAAGAGCAACGGAGUCCGAGAAGCGGCGGCCCAGGCGCUGGCCGGGCUGGUUUCAUGCAAGUACUGCGGGAGAGUGUUGAAAAAGGACGAGAAGGGAGUGCCGAACUUGGUGCAGUUGUUGGAUUCGAGUCCUGCGAACAAUGCGAAGAAAAAUGCGGUUUUGUGCCUGCUGAGCGUGUCGUCGAGCAGGAAGAGCAAGAAGAUGAUGGUGGCUCAUGGAGCCAUUGGGUAUUUGAAGAAGCUCUCGGAGAUGGACGUUAAUGGCGCUAAGAAGUUGCUGGAGAGGUUGGAGCGUGGGAAGCUGAAGAGCUUGUUCUAUAGAAGAUAGAACAAGAAGAAGAAGAAGAAGAUGAGAUUGGUUGAAUGAAUGAAUGAAUGAUAACUCUUGAUUGUGUUUCAAUGUCUCCAUGGAACAUGAACAUAGAGUGGUGUUUUGUUAUUAUGUAUGAACUAUGGAGCUUAUUUAAUAAUUAGAGCUAGCUAGUGGUAACUUUGUUAUUAUUAUUAUUAUUUAGUAUUUUUGUUUAACUUAUUGUGUAUGAACUUUAUUUCAAUAAGUUUAUUUAUGUGGUUUAUGA